CCCUCCCCCUCUGGCCGGUCGGCGCGUGCAGUGUGUGUAGCGGCUGUCCGUUUGAGUUUUAUUAUAACAGUUCAGUCCUCAGACACGACCCGCUGUUUUAUCAGUUCGUCUUUUGGAAGAUGCCUCCAAAAAAGGCAGACGGUGAAGUGAAAUUACCACCCAUCAUUGGAAGAUUUGGUACUUCGUUGAAAAUUGGCAUUGUUGGUUUACCAAAUGUAGGGAAAUCUACAUUUUUUAAUGUUCUAACAAAGAGCCAAGCAGCUGCAGAAAACUUUCCCUUCUGUACUAUUGAUCCCAAUGAAAGCAGAGUGCCUGUUCCAGAUGAGCGGUUUGAUUUCCUCUGCAAGUACCAUAAGCCUCCCAGUAAAAUACCAGCAUUUCUGAAUGUGGUUGACAUAGCAGGACUUGUGAAGGGUGCUCAUGCUGGUCAAGGGCUUGGGAAUGCCUUCCUAUCUCACAUCAGUGCCUGUGAUGCAAUCUUCCAUCUUACAAGAGCUUUUGAGGAUGAUGGUAUUGUUCAUAUUGAAGGAAGUGUGGAUCCUGUUCGCGAUAUUGAAAUCAUUCACGAAGAACUGAGACUAAAGGAUGAAGAACUCAUUAUGCCCAUUAUUGACAAACUGGAGAAAGUGGCAGUGAGAGGAGGUGACAAAAAACUAAAACCAGAAUACGAUAUAAUGUGCAAAGUCAAGAACUGGGUUAUAGAUGAAAAGAAACAUGUGCGCUUCUAUCAUGAUUGGAAUGACAAGGAGAUUGAUGUAUUGAAUAAACAUUUACUCUUGACUUCAAAGCCAAUGAUUUAUUUGGUUAACUUGUCUGAGAAAGACUACAUUAGAAGGAAGAAUAAAUGGUUGAUAAAAAUUAAAGAGUGGGUAGACAAACAUGAUCCGAGAGCACUGGUCAUUCCUUUCAGUGGAGCAAUGGAACUCAAGUUACAAGAUAUGGAUGAAGAAGAAAAAACAAAAUACCUGGAAGAAAACAAAACACAAAGUGCUUUGGCCAAAAUCAUCAAGACCGGAUUCUCAUCUCUUCAGCUGGAAUAUUUUUUUACUGCAGGCCCGGAUGAAGUAAGAGCAUGGACCAUAAAGAAAGGGACGAAGGCACCUCAGGCUGCUGGCAAGAUCCACACAGAUUUCGAGAAGGGCUUCAUUAUGGCCGAAGUAAUGAAAUUUGAAGAUUUUAAAGCAGAAGGCAGUGAAACUGCUGUCAAGAGUGCUGGAAAAUAUAGACAACAAGGCAGAAAUUACAUUGUUGAAGAUGGAGACAUUAUCUUUUUCAAAUUCAAUACACCACAGCAAUCAAAAAAGAAGUGAAUUUAAAGUACAACUUCCUCCUGUCGUGAGCAGUGGAACAUAAUAGGCAAGACAUUGCACAUAUUCAAACUUGCAAAUAAAAGGAGUUUUGAUAUUGGUUUCUGACUAAUUGGUUAGGGACAGAUUGGCAUAUGGCAACAAUGACAAUAAAUUGGAUCUUUGAUAGGAUUCAUCUUAUAUUGAUCUGACGUGGAUUUAACUAUAUUCUAAACAACUGAACAAGAUUGAAUUUACUUAUUUUUAAAUAUACAUUUGGCUGUAAAUCAUGAUUUCAACCUGACUUGGGACAGCUUGUUAUUCCUUUAAUUGUAUUCCUCAUGUUUGUUAUGGAAUGAGAUAAUGUUAUUCCAAUGAAAGUGUAGGUUCACUAAAUGUCGACAGCUUUAAUUUAAGAUUAAAGCUCUACUCUAAACUGGAGCAUUUCAAGAACCAUAUUACUCUCAUGAUACUUCAUUAAUCUCCAUCACUAGAUGCCAAAUCUGACACACUUGACAGAAAAGACAAUGGCAUUGCUCCUUUCUGAAUCUACAGAUAAUGCAUGUUUUACAGUACUCCAGAUGUUUACAGUCAAUAAAACAUUUGACAAAAACAGUCUUGGUGUGUUUGGGGAUGUCUGUAUUGACUGACUGUGGUGUGUUAAAUGUGAUAUGGCACCUGGUAGUUGCUGAUUACAGAAUUUAAAGACGUGUAUGAUACAGUAACUGCCAGUGUGGGGCAGCUUUUUAUUAUAUUUCAGAAAUGGUUCUUUUCAUUAAAAGAUAAAGAUUAAGGUGCUGAUGAUUUACUGAAAGCAUGAAUAGAUGGGCAUUUAUUGUGAGGAUAAGUACUUUCAUGUCUGUAUUAUAGGAGUUCAUGAUCUAGAUGGGUGUAAUACAGAAGCAUAAAUUUAUGUUUUUUUUGGUAAAUUGAUUUUUGUGUACAACUAGGAGAUUCACCUCAGUGGUUUGAUUUUAUUCCUUUAGAGUUAACCCCUUUAGACAUUUAUAAAUGCAUUGUGCUGUGUUGGUGAUUAAAGCUCUUUUCCAAUAUCAUAAUACAUUUGUCACCCAUUACAUUUUCUCUUAAGUUAGGGUUGAAUAGUGGUCAGUAACUUUGUGGAAAUGUUUGUCGUGUGUACUUCGUUGAUUUAUUCACUUACAAUAGAUUGUUGAUUGCAAUUUUGUGCCAUCAAUUUCCAGUAAGCAUUAAAAAGAAAAGGCAAAAACAAGCUUGAAACAUACAUCUGGAAGGGAAAAUAUAUACCAGAAGUAUUAACAUUAUUUUUUCUUUCAGAUAUGUGAUUUUGUCAUUUGUUGAAAUUUAUAAUAGAACUGUAUUAGUGAUUUUCUUUUAUAUAUGCCUAGAAUACCUACUGGGUAUGUGCUGUUGGACUGGAAUUGUCUUUCCAUACAGGAAGAGGAGUUUUUUUUAAUUGUAUAUAGGAACAGUUGAGAUCUGAAAAAAUGUCUUUUUAAAUGUCAAAUGGCACACUUGACAUUGUUAAAGGAGUUAGAGGCUAUUGCUCUUUAUUAACCACGUAAAAAACAAUCCUCUUGUGCUUACUGUGAAUGUUAAAUAUUUUAACAGAAGAAAUAUGAUCGCCGUGGUUGUAUAAUUUUUGAUAUAUGAAAAUAUUAUGCUUGGAAAAUAAUCUUUGGAAAGGAAUGUCUCUUGAGAAAAUAACCAGUAGGAAAAGGUUUUCACUGAAAAUUUCAUCAACCCAUUGAGCAAAGUCCAUUGCGUCAGAAUUGAAGAACUUAAGCAUGCAUGUUAACAGUCUGAACAAGAGAGCUUAGGGGGUUUAAAAACACACUUUCAAUGUAGAAAAUAGGAAAAAUUAGUUAUUGGGAAGGGUUAAGUGAUAGGAUAAUCUUAUUAAUAUGACCAAAAUGAAGAAUGUGGAAUAUUUCAGCAGGAAUCUGUUCCUUGUGCCUCUGAAUUACCUUCUGGAUGUAACAGUGAUUAAAAUAAAGAUGGGAA